CCAAUACCACACAUCCACGAUUUUGCUAGCAACUUACCAAAUGUUAAAGUUUUCUCUAAAAUCGAUCUGGUCCGAGCGUAUCAUCAUAUCCCCAUCCACCCGGAUGACGUUCCGAAAACUGCCAUUACCACACCAUUCGGUUUAUACGAAUUCGUACGCAUGCCCUUCGGACUGAUGAACGCAGCUCAGACAUUCCAACGCCUAAUUGACCAAGUACUCCGUGGUCUCCCUUUCGUCUACGCAUACAUCGAUGACUUACUAAUCGCAAGUACAGACGAAGCCGAGCAUUUGAAACAUGUGAAGACAGUGUUUGAAAGACUGAACCAAUACGGAAUGACUAUCAACUUAGACAAAUGCGAAUUUGGUAAGACCUCACUGAAAUUUCUCGGUCAUUUAAUCGAUAGCCAAGGAAUCAGACCAGUCCCUGAUGACGUACAAGCUAUCAAAGAUUAUCCACUACCAGAUUCUUUUAAAAAAUUACGACGAUUUUUGGGUCUCGUUAAUUUUUACCGGCGUUUUAUACCGAAAUGUGCCAAAGCUUUACAACCAUUAACCGAUUGCUUACGUGGACAUAGUCGUUCAUUCCAUUUGCCCGCAGAAGCUGUUAAAGCAUUCGAAAAUGUCAAACAAUUGUUAAAUGACAAGACACUUCUAGUCAGACGCCAAAAUGACGCCCCCCUGUCUCUCAUGACAGACGCUUCAGACGUUGCCAUCGGGGCGGUUUUACAACAGCAAGUACACGGCGAAUGGCAACCCCUAGCAUUCUUUUCGAAACGACUGAAUCCUACUCAAUGCCGCUAUAGCACUUUUGGUAGAGAGUUAUUGGCUGUUUAUUUAGCAAUCAAGCACUUCCGACAUAUGCUGGAAGGUACAACUUUUACUGUCUUUACAGACCAUAAAGCUCUAACGAAAGCCUUAUCAGCAAAACAGGAUAACUACUCUCCGCGUGAACUACGACAUCUCGAGUUUAUAUCUCAGUUCACCUCCGAUCUGCGACACGUAAAGGGCAAAAACAAUGAAGUGGCAGACGCUUUAUCACGUGUGCACAUUGACAACAUUGUAUGCCCAGACAUCGACUACGAACGUCUCUCAAACCUACAACGAGAUGAUGCCGAACUAAAAAAGAUCAUGUCUUCUAAAACAACAUCUUUAAAGCUAGACGCAAUUCCUUUUGGCACGACAAAAAUAAUCUGCGACACCUCUACGGGUAAAUAUCGACCCUUCGUUCCAGCAGCUAUGAGACAUACAGUAUUCGAGAAGUUACAUAACUUGUCUCAUCCAGGUGUCAGUGCAACUAUCAAACUAAUAAAAGAAAGAUUUAUAUGGCCGAACAUUAAUAGUGAUGUUAAGAAGUGGACACGAAAUUGCUUGUCUUGUCAAAGAGUCAAAAUCAACCGUCACACCAAUGCACCACUUGGUCGCUUUCCUAACCCUGACUCUAGAUUUGAACAUAUACAUGUAGACAUAGUUGGUCCACUACCUCCUUCCAAUGGUUGCAACUACAUUCUAACUUGCAUCGAUAGAUUCACUCGUUGGCCUGUAGCAGUUCCAAUAGCCGACGUCUCAGCUGAAACGGUAGCUAAAGCUUUGCUCGAAAACUGGAUAGCUAAUUUUGGUGUCCCAUCCAUUAUCACUACGGACAGAGGUGCUCAGUUUGAAAGUCGACUUUUUCAACAGCUAACUGAAUUACUGGGCAUCAAACGAAUACGAACAACCGCCUACCAUCCUAGUUCCAACGGCAUGGUUGAACGACUUCAUCGACAACUCAAAGCUUCGCUAGCUGCUUCUUUGACUCAAAACGACUGGUCAACCAAACUCCCACUGGUACUGCUUGGUAUACGAUCUGCUCUAAAGAAAGAUAUUGGCUGCUGUGUUUCCGAACUAGUCUAUGGAACAACAUUACGACUACCAGGAGAAUUUUUCACCCCAGGUAACCAAGUUCCACAAGAUAUGACUGGUUAUGUGCAGCAGCUAAAACAACACAUGAACGAGCUGAAGAUAUCACUUCCACGCCAGCAGGAACGAACGUCAUACAUCCCACCACAACUGACAGAUUGCACUCACGUCUUCGUCAGGAGAGAGGGUGUACAACGACCACUUCAACCCGCUUAUGAUGGCCCAUUCAAAGUUCUAAAUAGAAACGAUAAAGUUAUCACGAUAGAACGACUGAAUAAAGCAGAAGCCAUCAGUGUCGACAGAGUCAAACCAGCGUUCAUCGACGAUUUCGAAGACAACGAUGAAGAUCAGCUGAACGACGUGCCAACAUCUACAUCCACGCAAGCUUCAACGUCGCCAGAGAAACCUAUGAAAACUACACGCUCUGGUAGGAGAGUUCAUUGGCCUAAACGUUAUGUGCAAAUCAUCAAAAUAUAACUUAUUACGAAUUUUCAUUUUUAUUAUCUUUAUUCGUAAUUGUCAUUUGACUACACAUUUAACUGAUUAAUAUCUUCAUACCUCAAUCACGUCACUACUAUUUUAACAUCGAUAUUCCCUGUAUUAUUACAUUUAAUCAUAUAGCGCUUAAUAUUCACGUAUCGUUUCCGUAUACAGACUACAGAUCCCCGGCCGAUUGUAUCAUUCCUUAUAUAUUCUACCACGAUCAUCAAACCUAUUUUUUGUUUUAUUAUCGCAAUUAUUAUCGGCCUUAUUGACCGCAUUAAAUUGCUCAUUUUUUCAGCUUAAUAAAUCGCUUUCUAUGUACUAUCGCUGCUACGUAUUACGCUGACGCAUUUUAUUGUCGAACACUUAAAUGUAUUUUUUUUAUAUUUCAGUGUUCUGGUGGGGGAAUUAUGUAGUACCCCUGUACCAACUAUAAACAUACGAUUUUAAUCUAAUUUGCAUACUCAUAUUAUAUGUUUACACAUACCGAUUUUAUAUGUACUUCGUAAACAUUUGCCAAUUUACUGUUGAACGUUACCUUGAUACUUUUUCGAAAUUUGACUACGGCUAUAAUACACGAUUAUACUCUUCACAAGUGCCUUCUGAUUUUACGUUGUGGGCGUCGAGUAGCCACAACGUCUGCGCACAUUGAUAAACGUGAAGAAGUACUAGGAAAUACGUGUACGCUCAUUUAGUCAAAUAGAACACGCAAUAAAUUGGUGAGCCCAACGAUAACUUGCUGAUCCCGACGACAAAUUGCUGACUCCGACGACGACUUUUGACCUAGACGCGUUGUUACACUUACUGGAUUAUUAAAACUCUAACUUUCGCGGAUUUAUAUAUUUAUUAAACAAUUCGAACUCAUUUUUGUGUUUGCUCAUAGCACAACCUGCAGUAAUUUGUGUGUUCUGGUGGGGGAAUUAUGUAGUACCCCUGUACCAACUAUAAACAUACGAUUUUAAUCUAAUUUGCAUACUCAUAUUAUAUGUUUACACAUACCGAUUUUAUAUGUACUUCGUAAACAUUUGCCAAUUUACUGUUGAACGUUACCUUGAUACUUUUUCGAAAUUUGACUACGGCUAUAAUACACGAUUAUACUCUUCACAAGUGCCUUCUGAUUUUACGUUGUGGGCGUCGAGUAGCCACAACGUCUGCGCACAUUGAUAAACGUGAAGAAGUACUAGGAAAUACGUGUACGCUCAUUUAGUCAGAUAGAACACGCAACA